CCCUCUUUUCUCUCUCCUUCCCCCCUUCUCUUUGCUCUCCUGUCCCCUCUUCUGGGGAUAAGGCUGUCCUGACUUCCACUGGACUAUCAUGACUAUUGCCUGUGCCAUUACUAUCCAUAAUCCUAGCUCUAUAGGUGUACAAACCUAUGUGCUACUUGUACUGUUACAAAUGUAAAUUACACUACUUCUAUUGCCUGCCCUCUAUAAUAUGGUGUACAUAACUGACCAAUAUACAGUCUAUACUGGAGCUAUGGGGAUGCCAUGUGGCCCUAUUGUGUCUGCAGUACACAAAGCCAUUUGCCGUGCCCACUCUUGUCAUACACUCAAUACUACACAUAGAGACCCCUCUGGCAUCUACAUGUUGCGCAACUUCGCUGGAUUCCUCAGUACUCAGUGUAAUGUAAACUCAUUCCACAUUUUUGUCCUUUUAUGGCAGUCGUAUUGUGUCCUCUACACAACGUGUGGAGUAACAGCCUCUAAUCUCACAGAGCUGAGUGUUGCACACCUGUUGUGCUAUAGAGCAUGGCAAUAUCUCUGUACUGUGUACUAGGGCGUGUGUGAUUGCCCUGUGUGUGCAAUUUGUGACCUUACAAAUUGACCAUCUUUACCACGUGACUGCUGUAUGGAUAAUAUGUGUGUGUACUGCAUACAGAUGGGUCUGCCGGGAUUUUCCGGAUCUAAAACUUGCAGUGGAGAAAUUCGUUCUGAACAGCUUCGAACCCACCAGUUAUGACAGCAUGAAGCAGUUAUGUGAACGGUACAGCAGAGCUGUGGCCAACAUCAAGAAGCUGUGGUCAGGGCGGCAGCCUCCACCAGGAAUCGAUGCGCCUCCCUCCAUCCCUCUCCUCCGUCACAUCAUCAACCAGGCCUACAGCAGAGCCAUCACCAGCCCAGAAGACCUCAACUCUUACGAACCUUUCUCCCCCGAGGUGUACGGAGAGACUUCGUUUGAAUUGGUCUGUGAGGUCAUAAAACUCACAAAAAUGACAGAGAACGAUGUUUUCUUGGACUUAGGAAGUGGCGUUGGCCAAAUUGUGCUGCAAGUGGCGGCCAAAGUUGGGUGCAAAUGCUAUGGACUGGAAAAGGCAGAUAUACCGGCCAAAUUUGCUAGGAGUAUGGAGGAAGAGUUUGUCAAAUGGAUGGACUGGUACGGGAAAUCCUACGGCGAAUUCGAGCUGAUAAAGGGAGACUUUCUCGACCCUUCGUUUGACGAAAUUCUCCAGUCGGCCACAGUGAUAUUUACCAACAACUUUGCGUUUGGACCGAAGCUGAACCACGAACUGAAGCUCAAGUUUGCAAACUUGAAGGACGGCACGAAGAUCGUGUCUUCCCACGAAUUCUGUCCGAUAAACUUCAGAGUGACUUCGAGAAACAUGUCAGACAUAGGCUCCAUAAUGCACGUGGCAGAGCUCUCAUCUCUCAAGGGAAGUGUGUCUUGGACGGGAAAACAGGUCAGCUACUACCUCCACACCAUCGACAGAGGAAAGCUGGAGAAGUUCUACCUCAGACAGAAGCACCCCGACGAAUACAAGUCGGAGAGCUCCAGUCACUCCAGUUCAUCCUCCUCGGACGAUGACAGCUGCUCGGACUCGUCCUCUGAUAGCGGCGAUGACCACUUCAAGAGUGCUCUACAGAGAAUCAAGUUGAGUCACUCCAGACCGGGAAGUAAGAAGGAACAUCUGAACUCUGACCUCAAGUCGCGAUCGGGGAAGACACCCAAGACUGCUGCGGGUCACAAGGAAGACGAGAGAUGGAGGAAGAAGAGGUGGCCACAGCUGAAGUCGAGAGGUCACAAAGAUUCAAACUCGUCCGCGUUUUCUUCCUCUGCUGUUUCUUCUCCCGGCAUCAUGGAUGUGGAUGGCCUCUUCUCGUCGUUCCACCAUCAACUAGAGGCGUAUAUGGGCCAGCUGAGCACUCCGUACUUCCAGCAGUGGAUUGUUGAUGCCAUUGAGAAGGAGAAGAUGAAGAAGAACCAUCUCCAGGGAGUCAUUACCCACCUGGAGUCUGAGGUGGCUGGCCUGUCAAAGGAGACGGUGGAACAGAUGAAGGCUAGCAUGAAAGAGUUGGGAAUCCGGAAGAUGACGCCAGAUGGCCUUCUCCUGGGGGCCACGUCCAUCGUCUCCCAGAACAAGCAGCUGAGGAAAGAGAUGACAGAUCUCGAGAGGGAGAUCACGGCUCUCAGGCAGCAGAACAAGGCAAUGGAGACAAUGUGUGCACAUCAAAAAGGUGACCCAAAACCCUCCUUCCGAAACUCCCAACGGAGGAGUGGGGAACAAGGGGGUGGUGACAAUAGAUUGAAGAAAAAGCAGCAAAGGGAGCUCAAGAGCGAAAGGGGGAGGGAGAAAGAAGAGAUGAACUAGAGGAGGCGUCGAGGGGAGGAGCUUCGCUGUCGCAUGAUAGAAACGCAGGAAAGAAAGAAAUACCUUAUUAUCCACUCUCGGAUGUCCAAAAACCACAUGUGGUCCGAUUGAGUCCAAGAAGUAAGAAAUAGAAUGGAGAGAAUCGACCAGCACGCUACUGGAGCUGGGGUACGUACGCGAAGGACGCAUACGACGCCGAAGAAGAAAGGAUGACAAGCGU